ACUGUCACGCAUCGACCAAUCAACGACAAGCAUAAAAUCGCGUGGUGGCAGAGAUAUAUUUGUUGAAAUUGAGGUGUGGCCGAACUUCAAGAUCUUUCUGACUUCCAGCUGGGUAGGACUUGGGUCGUAGUGAACCAGACAUUUAGGAUUAAAGGCAAUAUACCACACAAUCAAGAUGUCCAAACCAGCUCAUAAGAUAGCAGACAUUAAUCUAGCAGAGGCCGGAAGAAUGGUCAUCUCUUUAGCCGAGAAUGAAAUGCCAGGAUUACUAAAAAUGAGAGAGAAGUAUGGAACGAGUAAACCACUAGACGGUGCUAGAAUUGCUGGGUGUUUACAUGUUACUAAAGAAACAGCUGUGCUUAUAGAGACACUGCUUGUACUCGGUGCUAAGGUACAGUGGUGCAGCAGUAACAUCUUUUCAACUCAAGACCAUGUGGCAGCGGAACUAGUGAAAUGUGGCAUUCCUAUUUAUGCAUGGAAGGGUGAGACGGAUGAAGAAUUUGUAUGGUGUAUGCAACAGACUCUGGUCUUUCAAGAUGGCCAGGCACUUAACAUGAUUUUAGACGAUGGUUGUAAUCUCACACAGUUAGUGUAUCACAAAUAUCCGCAGUACUUAUCAGGAAUAAUUGGAAUUACCGAGGAAACAUCAAGUGGUGAGAUUAUCUUAACUAAAAUGUUUAAUGCUCGAGAAUUGAAGACACCAUGCAUCAAUGUGAAUUCUUCGGCUGUGAAAGCAAAGUUUGAAAAAAUUUACGGGUGCAGAGAGUCAGUGAUAGACGGCAUACGAAGGGCUACUGAUGUCAUGCUUGCUGGAAAGGUAGUGGUUGUGUCUGGAUUUGGUGACGUUGGGAAAGGAUGUGCCAGUGCGUUUAAAAUGUUUGGAUCAAGAGUAAUUAUCACAGAAGUGGAUCCUAUUAACGCACUCCAGGCUUCAAUGGAAGGCUAUGAAGUGACCACACUCAUCGAGGCAUGCAAAGAAGGACAGGUGUUUGUGACAGCAACCGGCGGCAGAAAAAUCCUGACUUCAAAUCAUUUUUUAAAUAUGCGUGAGGAUGCGAUAGUUUGUAAUAUGGGACAUUUUAGACAUGAGAUUGACUGUGAUUGGUUGAAUGAGAAUGCAACCACAGACCGUAUCAAAGCUGGGGUUAGCAGAUACACGUUAUCGAAUGGACGUCAUAUAUUAUUCCUUGGUGCUGGUAGUCCUGUUAACUUAGCAUGUGCAUCUGGUUGUCCUAGCUUUGUAAUGUCAAACGUGUUCGCAGCACAAGUGUUAGCACAGAUUGAAUUGUUCAACAACAAAGCAAAGUACUCUAUCGGUGUUCAUUCACUGCCCAAGAAGCGUGAUGAAGAAGUGGCCUUCUCUCACCUGGAAAAACUAGGGAUAAAAUUAACGCAUUUGACUGUUGAACAAGCGGAGUAUCUUGGAAUACCACAAAAUGGCCCAUAUAAACCCAAUCAUUAUCGAUACUAACAUCUAUUAAAACAUAAUUAACAUAUUGAUAAUACAUGUAUUCCUAAAAUUUAAAGAUAAUGCUAUAAUCGGAGGCGUGUGUGAUCAUCUUUAGAAUGUACUGUUAUGAUAGCGACUUCACGUUCGCACAUUCGGUUCACACGUCGUUAGACUAUUGUUUAGAAUCAACAACUUGCAUGUUUAGGAAGGAGAUUAUAAACAUAUAUAACAGGAAUUUGAUAAAUAGAUUGUUUACUUAUUGUAUUUAAUAGUGGCAACUUUGCAAGGCUUUAACCGUGAGACACAUCCCUGUUAAUCACGUGGUCGUGCCAGCGACUGCAGCGAUUGGCUGAUCGCAAGUUUACUCCGCCACGCCUUAGAGACUUGACUUUUAAUAUAGGGAGUUUGUAACCUUUGUAAGAGAAGAAUGAGAGAACGGUGCAGCUCGGAUGACUGCUUGUGUGAAUAAAGCUGGACUAUCUGUAAUGAA